CAGCCUCUGGUGCCUCAGAUCAUCAAUUCUGCUACUUCAGACAGAGGCCUCAGACGUGCUUCACUGCUGACUCUUUCGAUGGUCCUGGGAUUUAUAUGGAGUGCUUUUUUUUGUAUUUGAGCAGACCAUACCCCCCAAGGAAGCAAAAGGGGGUGAGUUUAGUCAGCCCUCUACUCAGGAUUCACAGUUUGUCUGGUUAUGCUGGUUUGUGAUGACAACUACUACUGUACUGUAUACAGGGGGCAUGGAGGAAGAAAGAAUAGCUGCUGAGUUAUCAAAAAAUAUGACACAGGACUCAGUGGUCUUCGAAGAUGUGGUUGUGGACUUUACUCAAGAGGAGUGGGCUUUGUUGGAUCUUGCUCAGAGGAACCUCUAUAGAGAUGUGAUGCUGGAAAACUUCCAGAACCUGGCCUCAUUAGGUUAUCUACUAUAUAUACCUCAUCUGAUCUCCCAAUUGAAAAGAGAGAAGGACCUGGAGAUAGUAGAGUGGGGAUUUAUUCAGGGCCCUUUUAUAGAAGAGCACAAGGAAGGCAUUAAAGCUCAACUUAAAACCAAUGAAUCAGUUGCUCAGCAAGAUAUUUUCAGAGAAAAAAUAUCCAAUGAACAGGAAAUAGUACAGUUUAAAAGAAGUGAUUCCUGGUCGUUCAAUUUACAUGCAAAUCAAGAGUACCAUAGUAUUGACAAUCAGAACAGUAAUCAUGAAAGACAUUUAAGUUGUGUGGCGAAGAGCAUCUCUGAAUAUAAUGAGGGAAAUCAAUGUGAGCAAUCCUGCAGCCAAAUUCCCAGUCUUGAUGUGGUCGAGAGACCUACUGGAGAAAAGCCCUACGAAUGCCAUGUAUGUGGAGAGGCCUUCAUCAAUCAUUCAUCCUUUAAGAGUCACUUUAGAUCUCACACUGGAAGCAAACCCUAUCAAUGUAAGGAAUGUGGAAAAUCCUUUCAUUUUCUUGCUUCUUUUAAAAAACAUGUAAAAACGCUCAUUGAUGAGAAGCCCUAUGAAUGUGAGGAAUGCCACAAAGCCUUUAAUUGUUCUUCAUCUUAUAAGACACAUAUGAAGAGUCAUACAGCAAAGAAAAAGUGUGAGUGUAAGGAAUGUGGGAAAACUUUCAGUUGUUCUUCAUCCCUCACAGAACAUAAACGAAUUCAUAGUGGAGAAAAGCCUUAUGAAUGUAAGCAGUGUGGGAAGGCUUUUAGUUGUUCUUCUUCCCUCUCAAAACAUAAACGAAUUCAUAGUGGAGAUAAGCCGUAUGAGUGCAAGGAAUGUGGGAAAGCUUUUAGUUCUUCUUCCCACCUUAUAAUACAUAUACGAAUUCAUACUGGAGAGAAGCCUUAUGAAUGUAAACAGUGUGGGAAGGCCUUCAGUGAGUCCUCAAAACUCAAUGUUCAUGUGAGAACACACACUGGAGAAAAACCUUAUAAAUGUAAAGACUGUGGAAAAGCCUACAAUUGUCCUUCGUCCUUGAGUAUCCAUAUGAGAAAACACACUGGAGAGAAACCUUAUGAAUGUCUGGAAUGUGGAAAGGCCUUCUAUCUUCCUACUUCUCUUAAUACACAUGUGAAAAAUCAAAGUAGAGAGAAACCCUAUGAAUGUAAAGAAUGUGGAAAAGCCUUUAGUUGCCCUUCAUUCUUUAGAGCACAUAUGAAAGAUCACACUGGAAAAGUACAGUAUGAAUGUAAGGAAUGUGGGAAAAAAUUUGGCCGUUCUUCAUCCCUCACUGAACACUUAAGAACCCACAGUGGAGAGAAGCCUUAUGAAUGUAAGGAAUGUGGAAAAGGUUUUAUUAGCUCUUCUCAUCUCACGGUACAUGUAAGAACUCAUACUGGAGAAAAACCUUAUCAAUGUAAGAAAUGUGGGAAGGGCUUUAUUUACCCCUCAGCUCUUAGGAUUCAUAUGCGAACACACACUGGGGAGAAACCCUAUGAAUGUAUGGAAUGUGGGAAAGCAUUUCGUCAUUCUUCAUACCUGAUUGUACAUACAAGAAUGCACACUGGAGAGAAACCAUUUGACUGUCUUGAAUGUGGAAAAGCUUUCAGUUGUCCUUCAUCCUUUCGAAGACAUGUGAGAAGCCACACUGGAGAGAAACCCUAUAAAUGCAAGGAAUGUGGAAAAGCCUUUGUUUGUCCAGCCUACUUUCGAAGACACGUGAAAAUUCACACUAAAGAAAACUUAUGAUGGUAGGAAAAUAGGAAUAUCUAUAUGAAUUUUUUUCAACUCUUAAUGCAAUAUAUGUCAGAUAGAGAUGCAAUGCAAAAGUAAAGAAAGACUUCAGUUGUCACAAAUCUAUUGAAACUUUUGGGUUUCAGUUACCUUUUUUAAAGGUAUGUGUACACUGCGAGUGUGCUAAACUUAACUAGCUUGAUGAAAUUAUACAUGUGUUCUUUAAUAAACAGCAUGUUUUUAGGACUCUAGAAAAUUCA